AAUCGAUUAACCGGUUUAUUUUUCUGCAAAGAAAAAUGGCGGUAUUAAGUGUUCUACGAUAUGGCUUUUCUGCAAGAAGUGCAGCUCAAUCCUUACUCACACGCGGAAAGCAACUAGCACCGUUAAAGAAUAACAUUAUUUGUAUGUGUUUUAUUUCAAAAUCUUGGAACAAUUAAGAACAAGGAAAAAUCGAGCAUUUGUUUUUAAUGACCUUUCCUUGCAGCUCGCUAUGCCUCUCACAGAACAUUUCUACGUUGCUCUUGGUUUGAUUCCUGCUGGACUCUUCAUUUUCUUUAUGAAUGCAUUUGUCGGCCCAGCAGAGUUAAGCGAAAUUCCCGAGGAUUAUACGCCUGAAAAUUAUGAAUAUUUUCAAAACCCCGUGAAAAGAUUUAUGUGUAAACAUUUUUAUCCAGACCCAGUGCAUAGAUAUGAAGCUAAUCUGCACUAUUUAAAACAAUCUGACGAAAAUCAGAAAUUUAAAUUGUUGGAGAGAAAAGUUAAAGAAUUAAUGAGUGAACGGGGUGACUACAAGGGAUGGUAUUAUGUACCGGUCGAUCCAACUGCAGCCUACCUAGGAAAAGAACAAAGAGAAACGGAAGAAGCAAUCGUUCUAGAUAGAUAA